GGCAGCAGUCCAGCGGACUGCCCCCACUGAAAACAAGUGCACGUCAAACGGCCACACCACGUGAACGGCACGAGCGGGACGCACCGCCUCGAGACUUGGUGAUUCUUUAUAAUUUUAUAUAUUUUUUUUGUUUACUGGAAAUGGACUUCACAGCCAAGAUGGAAAUUAACAUCAGCCAGCAGCAGCUUCUGCCGCCCGCUUGCUUCUUCGCCGCCGCUGCGGCGCAGAGCGUCCAGCUGAGCCCGAGCGGCAGCAGCCAGGGCAGCGGGAAGUCGGGCUCCAAGCAGCCCAAGAGGCAGCGCUCGUCCUCUCCGGAGCUGUUGCGCUGCAAGCGAAGACUGAAUUUCGCGGGUUUCGGCUACAGCCUUCCCCCGCAGCAGCCGCACGCGGUGGCCCGGAGGAACGAGAGGGAGCGCAACCGGGUGAAGCUGGUCAACAACGGCUUCGCCACUCUGCGGGAGCACGUCCCCAACGGCGCCGCCAACAAGAAGAUGAGCAAAGUGGAGACGCUGCGCUCGGCCGUGGAGUACAUUCGCGCCCUGCAGCAACUGCUGGACGAGCACGACGCGGUGAGCGCGGCGUUUCAGUCCGGCGUCCUGUCGCCCGACAUGUCGCAGGGAUACUCCCAUGACAUGAACUCCAUGGCAGGUUCACCGGUGUCCUCGUACUCAUCCGACGAGGGCUCCUACGUCGCCCUCAGUCCGGAGGAGCAGGAGCUGCUCGACUUCACCAACUGGUUCUGAGCGUCUAUACAAAGACAUAUGGAUCAACUCACUUUACUGUUGAAGUGCGCUUGGGAUGUUCCCGGAGGAGGCUGGGUGUCCUCAAGAACAAGACGCAUUGUCCUUUAACGCCCGGUCCUCCCAGACUGACAGAAAGACAGACACGGCCUUAACGUCCCCAACAACUUGGGGGUAAAUCAGGCCGGAGAUCAGCGCCAAAGGAUUAAAGGAAGACGGUUCUCCUGACAGCGUGGGAAUCAAAGCUUCUGUGCAUUUGCCCAUGAUAAACAAACACAACAACAACCCUAAAGUGAAUUCAUGCUCUAUAAAAACAUUAUUUAAUAUGUCGCUCUUCAACUAUGCUAAACCCAAUCACAGAACACCAACCCUUUGGUAAACCUCUCUGACGUUUUGAUUCAGAAAAAUGCUUCCAAGUCACAGAUUUAUUCUAUACAAUUCUAUAUGAAACGCUUUUUUUUUAAAUAUAUUAAGCUAUUUUUGUAUGUAAGAGAUUUAUAGAUGUUUUGUACACAUCCUUUUUGUAUAUAUUUUGUCUAUAUAUUGCGAAGUUGCUUCUAUACCUCCUGCCUAUGUAGACGUGUAGUCUAUUAUUCUCUGGCUCUUCUGUUCAUGAGGUUUCCAGAAGGAGUUUGACACUCCGACGUUUUAUUCUAGCACCAAUGUGUCUUAUUUAAUAGCAAAACAUGUUAUUGCAUUAUGUCAUGAAGUUCACAAUGAUCAAAACGUAUGCAGCUAUUGUCCAAACAGAGCGCAAUGGCCAUGCAUUGUCUCUUUAUACUGCCAGCUCUAUAUUGUCUUCACAUAAACAGAUGUUGAAAAAAAGAAGUCUUAUAACCAUAUUUUCUACACUCCAGUCCAAGAAUAAAAUGAUU